GUUCGUCCGCGCUGUCCGCCUUCUAUUCAUUGCCUUGGACCUUCUUUUUAGAGAAGCCAGCCUGGCGACCCGGGCGAGAGCAAACGGCGAAAAAACAGAAAGUGCAGAGGAGAGAAAAGGAAAGAACCCGACAGAAAGAGACCAGAGAGGCGUACAGGGGGCCCUCUAUUUCUCGUCCUUCCCGUUCCGCCGUUACGAGAUACGCCGCAUGGGAAUAUGGCCUCGCACCACGACCCAUUCAAGGCUCUCAGCCCAGUUGACUGGACAGCCUUUGUCGACGACGGCAACGAAAAGAAGGCGAUUAACAAGGACCGUCUAGCCGAACUACUCUCAACGACAUUUGAAAACGCCCAGGCCGUCAUCAACUCGAUCCCUGUCCCUGCUAGCGUCGCCGCCGUAACCAAAGCCGCCGCCGCCGCCGCCGAAACUGCAGCAACCACAGGCCGUGCCCGCUCACAAACCGACUCGGCCGUGCGCAGCAACAGCGAUUUUAACAUUCCCAGCAUCCUCUUAGCCGACAGCUCCGUCAGCAGGAAGGAUGCCGUGAACUCGGAGCUCCUGCGAAAGGAGUGGAGAGAUGUCAAGAUCAGCCCGCGCGACAAUCCGCUCAACAUCGGUGUUUAUAAACUGUCGGCCAAGGACGGCAAUGGCAGCUGGUUUGCGCGCCGCAGCAUCCAUCAUCCGUUCUCUCCCACCGCCAAUAGCGACACUGGGAGUGCUGCCGAUGAUUGUAACAUCUCGUUCGACAAGUGGCGGCUCGCACUACAAAAAGAAUUUACCGAAACGCUGGCCAGGACUCAGGGCGAGCCGGGGACAGGAAAUAUCCGCGGGAUUGGUGCCGAGAAGAGAAUCGAGCUGGUAGAGCUUGAUGGCGUCGGCGUGGUAGAGUUGUUCCAGGUGUCGGCUAGAUUUCCAGGCCCGACAACGCCGAGAGAUUUCGUGACGCUGCUCCUCAUGCCCGACCAUGCUUCUUCAGACCCAACGGGCGAGCAAAAACGAGGAAAAGGACGAAAACCGAGGCAGUUCAUGCUUGUGUCUAAGCCAUGCCAGCACCCUGACUGCCCGCCAAGGUCGGGAUUCAUACGCGGCCAGUACGAAUCGGUGGAGGUAAUCCGGGAAAUACCACUGAACACGCCACUGAGGAGGACGAGGUCCUCUGUUGACGUAAUCCGGGAAGAUUUGACGAAACCUAUUGCAAGCGGUACUGAACACAGUCGCAUAACCAGAGAAGCCAUGUCGCGUUCGGCUAGCAAGGAAGACGGUGCAGCGGAAUACGAAGACAGCUUCCCGCUGGGAGACGAAGAGGUGGAGCAAGAGAUGGCGAUCGAGUGGCUCAUGGUGACUCGAAGCGACCCAGGCGGCAGCGUUCCUCGGUUCAUGGUCGAAAGGGGCACUCCCGGAGGUAUUCUUAACGAUGCUAAUAAGUUUCUCGAAUGGCUAUCUACCAAGAGCAUGGAAGACAUUGCCACUGGCAAUCAAAAUGAGCAGGAACUGACAGAGGAGGACGGAGUUGAAGCCCCAUCGGCUCAGAAGGAGCAACAGGGAGAAAAAGAACCAACCGAGAUCCCCGCCCGCACCAUUGGUGCUGAACAAGAGCCCCGCGGCACAAGAUCACAAAAUACAGAGCCUCAGCCCUCGGGAUUCUAUGGGAUGAUUGCGGGUGCGCUAGAGGCAGCUGGCUCAGCAGUCGUUAACAAAAUGUAUACCCUUGCGUCGACACCGGUAACUGGGUCGGAAGGCAACGACAGCGAUGCCGAGAGCGACAUCUCAUCUACGGAGCUCAGCUACGCGUCGGCUGAGGAGGGCGAAGACUACGCUAGCGAGCCACUUGAUAAGAGCUUUACGAACAACUCGUCGGCCGAACUGGAAUCAUCCACGCGGUCGGCGCGGUCUACUAUCUCAGAAGGCUCCAUGGUCACAUCGGCUACGCCUACGCAACAGUCAAAACAACACGAAAGGGAUCUUCGAAAGUUGCAGAAUCGCCGGCGGCGCGCUCAGGAGAAGUUGGAGAGAGCGCAGGAACGGCAGGCGGCCAAGAAGCAAAAAACCGGCAGCGAAGGUGCAGAGAACGAUAAGGAGGCACAGGCGAUCGCGCAGUUGCGCGAGAAGCACGAACGCGAGCUAGCCAAGCAAGAAGAACGAUAUCAGCGGGAUCUCCGGCGGCUGGCAGAGAAGCGGCGUGCAGAGGAGAAGAAGGCCGAGGAACGCCAGCGCAAGGCUACCGAGCGCGAAGAACGUCAGAAUCUCCAGCGGGAACUCGAGCGUACUCGUGCAGACCGCGACUUGGCGCUCAAGGAAAUUGAGAUUCUUAAAGACCAGGUCGGCCAGCUCCAGAGCCAGAAUACAAGGUUGGUAGCGCAGAUAGGGAGGGAAAGUAAGGGGUCUCUUGUGCUGUGAGAGAUUAAUGAGGAUCAAGAGAAGCAACCACGGUCUCUCCACGUUGGCGAGUAGAGGACGGAUCGAGGGAUAAAGUAUAAAACGCAGAGUAUUAUUCUUGCUAUGAAUGUUGUUAUUCUUCGCUGCCGCUAUUCUUUCUGUAGCUAUUCUGCGCUGCUGCUGCUGCUGCUGCGAUUCAAUUCAGUUAGCGAGCAUGUAAGGAAUGUUGUUUACUUUUUUUGCCCAACCCAACCCAUCCAACUCCCUCUCCAGCCCCUUUUAUUUUAUAACCCCCAUUGUUUAGCCCCGAAAGGAGAAACGAUUUGCACACCUUAAUUCAAUUACCUAGGUAGCCAAAUAAAAAAUGGAUGGAAAGUCC